GCCUGCAAGUGCCCACAUCUAUCAAGCAGGUGACUCAUGCAUACAGAGGGACCAAAAUAGACUAAGAUUGACUGAGACACAUAACAUGGAGGCUACAGUGUUCAACUGCUGGCUCUUUUUUCUGCUGUUUAGCCCUGCUGUUCCCAUGUGUUUGCCCACUGAUUUCACCCUGUAUGUGGAAAAGCCAGAAUGUGAGUUCUGUGUUGCAAUAAACACAACCAUCUGCAUGGGAUUUUGCUACUCAAGGGACAGCAACAUGAGGGAUAUUCUUGGCCCACGUUUCCUUGUCCAGAGGGGCUGCACCUAUGAUAAGGUUGAAUACCACACUGCUAUUCUGCCUGGCUGUCCCAUUGAAGCCAACCCUGUCUUCACCUACCCUGUGGCUCUCAGCUGCCACUGCAGUGCAUGCAGGACUGACACUGAUGAGUGCGCACACAGAGCCAGCAUGGAUGGAACAAAGUGUACCAAGCCUGUUAGGCGUAUCUACCCAUAUCCUGGCCACAGCAACUAUGUUAUCCCUUUUUGA